UCGUUUCCUUGCUGCGGCUGCUGUCUUCACACCACAGAGUUCCAGCAUGACUAGUUUCAACCGCGACUGCCGUGUCUAUAAUUUGCGAGAAAUGUCGACUUGUUCUUCUUUUCAGAUUCAAGUGGCAUCUAUCAUGGAGGUUUUAUCUAAAACGGCAGUCGCAGAAAUUACUAAACUAGUCGACGACGGGUCUGCUGCCUUACGUCUGGAAAUGUGCAGAAGCCAAAGAGAGAACGAGGCGCUAAAAGCUAAGUUACUUCUGAUGGAGAGAGAGCUUAGGACUCUGCGAGGGUGCAGAGAGGGAACGCCGGAUAAUGCUCUUAACAUCUCUUUUGAAGUUCACGUUUGCGACGAACUCGAAGCACAAAUACCUAAGGUUGCAGGGAAAGGAAAUGUCGCCGCAGAGAGAGUCUUUGACGAACGAUUGAGCUCAAGUCCGGCCAAAGAUGAGCAGUACGUCCACGUGGAGAUGAAAAAAGACGCCCCCGUUGCCUUGGAUAUAAAGUACGAGCCUGAAGACGGGGAGCAGGAUUGGUCAGAAUCUGUGCCGCUCAGCAAGGAUUGGCUGGAAGAGGACCCAAAGACGAGCCAAUCACAGGCAGAACAGAAAAUCUUCGAGGAGACUAGCUGUGGCACAUCAGAGGCAGCCGUAGCUGCUGCUAACGGUGGUGAAGGACCCCUCUGUGAGGAGGAGGAGGAGCUGCACAUGCAGCCCUGCCCUGCAGGAGACCCAGAGAAGGGGCUGCAAGCCGAACUGAAGCAGGAGCCCAACGGGGAGCCUCUCACCCCUGGACACCCCCUGCCAGGAUCUGGAGAGGGGCUGGAGGUCCAGUGCGCGUGGAGCAAGGCCACCAGAUCGGGAAAGGUUCAGGAAAUGCUCCGACAGCACGGAGGAAGCUCGGAGCCUGGAGGUGCGCGGUCAAACGACCGAUUCUCUCCUCGCCAUUACAGAGCUUCUCGGAGGCUGCGCUCUGAGAAGAACGAGGGCCCAACGUCACACCUCGAGCAGAAACAAAAUGGCCGCCCCGGCGGGGCGCCUGAUGCCAUUUCGGCAGAGAUGGCGGUCCCUCUGGGUUCUCCGGGACAGCGUGCUGGAAGCACCCUGUGCGAGGAGAGUUUCAACGCGUCGGCAGAAGCAGAGAGUCGCCAGAGAAUCGAGGGACGGGAGGAGUUCAUCUGCACGUGCUGCAGGAAGACGUUCCCGGAUGCUCUCGAGCUGCAGACGCACGAGGAGGAGCAGCACGGCACGGGGAAACGUUUCGGCUGUUCGGAGAGCAGCAAAGCUUUCGCUUGCUCCAGCGUCCUGGAAAAGCACCAGCGGAUUAACAGCAAGCGCGGUAAAAGCUUCUCCCAGAUCAGCAAUCUGAAAACUCACCAGAUUACUCACACCAGAGAGAAAUGCUUCCGCUGCACGGUGUGCAAUAAGAGCUUUGCCUCUCUCAGCGUUCUUAAGCGUCAUCAGAGUGGCCACUCAGGAGGGAAACCGCACAGCUGUGACGAGUGUGGGAAAAGGUCUGUCCGUCUCCAUGGCCUUAAGUCUCACCAGAGAGUACACACAGGAGAGAAACCGCACAGCUGUGACGAGUGUGGGAAGAGCUUUGUCCGUCUCGAUGUCCUUAAUCGUCACCAGAGAGUACACACAGGAGAGAAACCGCACAGCUGUGACGAGUGUGGUAAGAGCUUUCGCCAUCUCCAUAAUCUUAAGUCUCACCAGAGAGUACACACAGGAGAGAAACCGCACAGCUGUGACGAGUGUGGUACGAGCUUUUUCCAUCUCCAUGGUCUUAAGUCUCACCAGAGAGUACACACAGGAGAGAAACCGCACAGCUGUGACGAGUGUGGGAAGAGCUUUGUCCGUCUCGAUGUCCUUAAUCGUCACCAGAGAGUACACACAGGAGAGAAACCGCACAGCUGUGAUGAAUGUGGGAAGAGCUUUUCCCAACUGUGCACCCUCAAGUCUCAUCAAAGGGUCCACACAGGAGAGAAACCGCACAGCUGUGACGAGUGUGGGAAGAGCUUUUCCCAACUGACCAACCUCAGGACUCACCAAAGGGUCCACACAGGAGAGAAACCACACAGCUGUGACGAGUGUGGGAAGAGCUUUGCCCAUCUGCACACCCUCAAGACUCACCAGAGUGUGCACACAGGAGAGAAACCGCACAGCUGUGAUGAAUGUGGGAAGAGCUUUGCCCAACUGUGCACCCUCAAGUCUCACCAGAGUGUGCACACAGGAGAGAAACCGCACAGCUGUGACGAGUGUGGGAAGAGCUUUGUCCGUCUCGAUGUCCUUAAUCGUCACCAGAGAGUACACACAGGAGAGAAACCGCACAGCUGUGAUGAAUGUGGGAAGAGCUUUGCCCAACUGUGCACCCUCAAGUCUCAUCAAAGGGUCCACACAGGAGAGAAACCGCACAGCUGUGACGAGUGUGGGAAGAGCUUUUCCCAACUGACCAACCUCAGGACUCACCAAAGGGUCCACACCAGGGAGAAACCGUACGGUUGCACGCUGUGCGGCAAGAGUUUCUCUGACAAUCGUGCUGUUAAGAAACACAUACUUACUCACUCCUAGUGAGGAGUAAAACUGUAAUCUGACGUGUUUGUUGCUAGUUUGCUGCAAUGGUUGAUGCUAAGAUGCGUAGAUACAAUAAAGCAAAAAGGACAGUUUGUGAUAAA